CUCCCUCCCUCUUCAUAUAUACAUAUUCUUCCCAAACUCUAUUUCCCCUCAGUCACACCGUCAUUCCUCCUCCGUCUCCGGCGCACACACCCCACUCGCACUUUCAACCACCAACCUCCACCAGAAUAGAAAAUUUAUGCUAAAUCUUUCUAGAUCCAAUGAAAACCACCGGCAUAGGCUUUUUUCAUCAUGGGUUUGCUGUUUUUAUCUCCCUUGUCGUCCUCUUUCUAUUUCCAGAAAUCGCCGUGGUUGGAGCUCAGUCGACUCCACCCGGUGACGAUAACAACGGGUACCCAUAUGCCAGGUUCAGUCCAUCCAUGGCGAUUAUCAUAGUCGUCCUCAUAGCAGCACUUUUCUUCAUAGGUUUUUUUUCUAUCUACAUCCGCCACUGCUCUGACACUUCCGGUGCCGCCGGAAGCGUUCGUCGAGCCCUUUCUAUGCGAUCCCGUCGUGCAGCUGCCGCGCGUGGACUCGACGCUUCGAUCUUAGAAACUUUUCCCACUUUCUCAUACUCAGAAGUGAAGGAUCACAAGAUUGGAAAAGGAGCCUUGGAGUGUGCUGUUUGUUUGAAUGAAUUUGAAGAUGAUGAAACUAUUCGUUUGAUACCAAAGUGCGAUCAUGUCUUCCAUGCUCAGUGCGUCGAUGCCUGGCUCGAGUCUCAUGUCACUUGCCCCGUUUGUAGAGCUAAUUUGGUUCUUCUGUCGACCGAUGUGCAGACACAGGAACCGGGGGAGAUUAAUGCUAAUGAAGAGAGCAAUGAAAAUGUUGAAAGAAUCAACAGUUCAAGAAAUGGGGAACAAGUUAUUAUCCAAGUUGAAAGCAGGGAUGAAAAUCAGCCAGAAGGGCUAGAGGGUGCUGCUAGACCGAGAAUGAUGAAACGGAACUCGAGUUUACAAUACCCGAACCGGCCACCGAGGUCGUUGUCCAUAAGAAGGCCGAAAAUGUUUGGACUAGUUAAGUUUAGAUCACACUCUACUGGUCACUCCCUGUCCUUGGGUCUUCCGGGAGAAAAUCUUGACCGCUUCACUUUGAAAUUGCCGGAACAAGUCAGGAAAGAGGUUAUUGGCCGGGCUAUGUUAAAUAGGACGAAAAGUUGUGCCACAACAUUACCUCGAGAAGGAAGUUCAAGAAGGGGAGGGAGGUUUUAUCAGAGGAUCGAAAGGCCAGAACUGGAAGUAAAAUCAGAUAGAUGGAAUUUCACUAGGGCGUCGUCUUUUUUCUCGAGAGCACUGUCAAUGAGAUCACCAAGAGUAGUGGCAGAAAGCAGCGAAGAAUCCACCUCCAGGAGUGGCAGAACGCCAGUAAAAAUGCCGUCCUUCAAGUGUCUGGAGCCCACGGCCGCUGAUGAAACUAAUCUAGUUUCGGCUGACUCAGUUCGGCCUCCGGUUUAAACUUGUAAACCGGUCUUAUUCGACCUUAUCCCCGGCUUGUAGCUAAUGGUCAGUUUUGGCGAAAAGGUAUCUUUCAUCCUAACUGCAAAAGUCGAGGGAGGCUGGGAUCCACAUUUAGCAAAAUAUUUUGCACAAAUUUGAGUUGAAUAUUUAACGUUAAGAAAUAAACUAUUGUAAAAUAUUUUUGUAUGCAGAUUAUUAUUAUUUUUUUCUUGACUUCUUGUUUUCUGGUUUUAUGUAAAUUUUAUUUCAAAUGGAUGUACCCUCGUAAAGGGUAUGAUUGUCAUUACAAUGGCCUUCUUGUCCAAUAGAAACAGAAGUUGUUAUUCA